AGUAUGAUGGGCUAAAUGGCAGUAUGGCACUGCCUUAAUACGCACUCCUCCGGUUCUUCUUGGACAAGGUUAAACACCUCCAAAUCAAGAGAUGGUCCCUUCAUUAUCAGCCUGAAUCGCACAGAAACAAAUCAGAGGAUGGGGUCUCCCACACACACAACCAUUUUUUUAUAAGAAAAUCCCACACAACCUGCAGCUGCUGGUGAGUGAUGAGCCUCUUUCUUUUCUGUUUUCUCCAAACAAAAGCAGCCAAGCCAGCCAACCAACCAGGAGGAAGAAGGCAAGAGGCCAUUAUUCCUUCCCUCUCUCCAGUGUCUCCACUACAUUAAUUUCCAGGCCCCAAUGACGAGAGGCCCCCUCCACCGGACCUCCGGCCGCCAGCAGAAGUAACUUCAGUGCGGCUCUGCGCGAAGCCACCAGCCGGAGGGCGCGGCCUUUGACCCGCUCCCCCCGCCGUCGCCAGCGCCAUGGCCGCGGACGCCACCACCUCCACCUCCUCCUCCUCCGCCGCCGCCUACCUCCCGCCGGCGCUCCCGGCCUCGCGCCAGGACAUCCAGGCCGCCGUCGCCAAGGCGGUCGAGCUGCGCGCGCUCCACGCCGCGCUCCUCCAGGGCGGCGCCAAUGCCGGCGCCUACGCCAGCGCCAGCCGGAGCCCGGCCGUCAUCCGCCUCCCGCCGGCCGCGUCGCCGGCGCUCGCCAGGCCGGGACUCGCGGCACCGGCCGCCGGCGCCGAGGACUACCCCGUGUUCGCCCCGACUUAUGAUGAAGAGCCCUUGGGUGGCAUGAACUACAUUCGCCAAGAUAACAGGAGUCUGUCUGAGAAUUGGAGUGGCAUUGGAUUGGACCAUGAUGGCCUAGAAGAUGAAGUGGCCUUCUCGGACUUUGACAACCACAACACCUUCUCUUCGUCAAACAGCGAGCUACACUUUUCUUCAUCAAACGAGCAUCUGCGGAACAGAAUGGCAUGCAGAAACCAUCCGUCCUUCCUUCAGCCCGCCCUCUCUGCUGACAGUUUGCUCAGUUCAGCCAGCCAGAUGACAGACUUAAAUGAAUUUAAGGCUGUUACGACAUGCAAUACCUGCAAGCCUGCGACUAUCAGCAGGGACACUGAAGCCGAUGCCAAGUCCCUGAAGAACCUCGAUAGCACAGCUCCGCUGUCAAACUACCACCCUGCUGCCUUCUCCCGGACAAGGCAUAAAGGGCCACAUAUUCUCUCGUGGCUCUUACCUAAGUCAAAGAGGAAGCCAAAAUCAGACAUGUCACCAAACACCAUCGAAUGUGAGAACAUGUCACAGCUUCUUAAGGAGUGGGGUGUGUUCUCGCUGGACUCCCUGAAGAAAGAGGUUGUUGAAGCCAAUGAGCACAGGGACGCCGCCCUGCAAGAAGUAUCGGAGAUGAAAUCAUCAUUAGGAGAAUUGACUACCAAGCUAGUGAGCCUGGAAGCAUACUGUUCGGAACUGAAGAAGGCUUUAAAGCAAGCAACAAGCACGAAGAACAUGCAAUCUCACUCAAAGAGAUCAGCUAGAUCAGUUAGUGGCAGCAGAGACAAUUCCUUGCCCGUCAGUCAUGGAGUUAUGGUGGAAGGAUUUUUGCAGAUCGUAUCUGAGGCCCGUCUCUCCAUAAAACAGUUCUGCAAGGUACUAAUCCAACAAGUCGAAGAUGCUGACAAUGGACUAUCAGAUAAGCUAAAUUUACUCCUACAACCUUAUCAAAUUACACUCAACGACAAACACCCGAAACUAGUGCUGUACCACCUUGAAGCUCUGAUGAACCAAGCAAUGUACCAAGACUUUGAAAACUGCACGUUCCAGAAGAACGGGUCGCCCAAGUGCCUCGACCCCAAGCAGGAUCGGCAGGAGAACUUCGCCUCUUUUGUCGCCCUGCGCAACCUGAGCUGGAACGAGGUCCUGAAGAAAGGCACCAAGUACCACUGCGAGGACUUCAGCCGCUUCUGUGACCAGAAGAUGAGCUGCAUCGUGUCCACCCUGAACUGGUCGUGGCCGUGGGCUGAGCAGCUGCUGCAGUGCUUCUUCGUGGCGUCCAAGUGCAUCUGGCUGCUCCACCUGCUGGCGUUCUCCUUCAGCCCACCGCUGACGAUACUGCGGGUCGAGGAGAACAGGGCCUUCGACCAGAUCUACAUGGAGGACGUGCUGUUCGACAAGCAGCGGGCGCAGCACCAUCCAUCGUCGCAGGUGAAGCUCAUGGUGAUGCCUGGGUUCUAUGUCCAGGACCGGGUUCUCAAAUGCAGGGUGCUCUGCAGGUACAGCUAAACAAUGUGUGUUUGUUGCUGAUUGGAGGUGCCUAUAGUUUGUUUUGACUGAUUGUUAGUGUGAUGUAGUAGCAUUUGUUCUGCUGAGUUGCAAAGUGCUACACAGGAAUGCCAGAAUGUCGUUUUGACCGUUGACGUGCCUGUCAGUAUAUCUGUAACAUACUUGCGUAAGAGCGCCAUGUGUAAGAAAGAUUUAUGGAAAUUUUUAACGUAGCAUCUCUGUCGUUUGCCAUGAA